GAGCUUAAUCAAUGGCUAGAAAAUGUACCAACUUUAACGGAAGACAAUGUUCCUAUUCCAGUGCCUGGAGCUCGCGCGGUUAUUGCACCGCAAAUUUACUUAUUUUUUUCGGAUUAUUUAUUAAUAUGCGUAAUUAGACAUGCAGGAUAUUCAUAUAGUGGACAAGCAGCAGCAUUUGCUUAUAAGUGUAUUGAUCCCGCUUUUGUGAAGCGCGUAUUCAUUCUCGGCCCUUCUCACCAUGUAUAUCUUACAAAAUGUGCCAUUUCACAAUGUACCGAGUAUGAAACGCCUUUGGGAAAACUAAUUUUGGAUAUUGAAGUUAUUAAUGAGUUGCGACAAACUGGUCACUUUGAGGAAAUGUCACUUAUUGUUGAUGAGGAAGAACAUAGUAUCGAGAUGCAUCUUCCGUACGUUUAUAAGAUUUUGGAAAGCAAGAUUGAUUCUAUCAAAAUCGUGCCAAUUAUGGUUGGCUCGUUAUCAGAAUCCAAAGAACAAUUAUACGGAAAAAUUCUUAGUUCUUACCUUUCUGAUCCAUCAAAUUUAUUCGUUGUCUCGUCAGAUUUUUGUCAUUGGGGCCAGCGAUUUUCGUAUACCUAUUAUUCUGAUUCAGUCAACACAACUUAUCUCUCACGUAAGUCUAAUACACCUCUAUCAAUUCCGAUAUAUAAAUCUAUCGAAAAUCUCGACCGUGAAGGAAUGACUAUUAUCGAAGAAAUGAAUCAUAAAGAAUUUCAUACGUAUCUUUCUAAAACAAAGAAUACUAUAUGUGGAAGACAUCCUAUUGGAGUACUUUUAAGCACGAUUGAUGCUUUGCAAAAUAGUCAAGAAAAAACUGUUACAGAAGAAGGAGAGCCUAAUCUACCUUUUGAUACUACAAAGCCAAGGAUUAGAUUCGUGCAUUAUUCACAAUCAAGCCAAGUUACUCGUGGAGAUGAUAGCAGU